GUCAUGCCUGGUAAUUACGAGGCUGGCUUAGUCGAUUACUGUGGCAUGAACGCCAAUUCUGCGUUGUUGAUGAUCCACAGUUGUGCGAUCGGGAACACCUUUCCGACUGUCGAACACAGUACCUAUGUGGCGAUACCCUAUUCGCCAGGCAUUGUCCCACCCACUGGCGUUAUCAGGUGAUGCCCUCAGGAGCGCAGGUCUUGCAACGGAGGGUGGUACUAUCGACUUCUCAUGGACCAGCCAUGUUACACUAGUGGGUGAAUCGUGCCCUCUCUGUGAUACUGUUCUACUCGCGGAAGUGCAAUAUUCGAUCGAACUAGCAAGCCGUGUGCAGCGUGACAUUAGGGUUCUAUUGAUGCCCAAAAUCUUGGUGCCGACUUGGGCUCGAACACGCCAAUCUCUCAUUCCCUUGACUGGAGGCUUGAAUCGCAACGCGAUGGUUGAAUAGUCGAAGAAAACCAGUAGCCGUCUGAGUUGUACCAUAGCCUCGCGGAACACCAUCACAUCAACUUUGAGGCCCUCUAGACUCCGAUCUUCUUCGAAUGAUUCAUCUUACCAAAGACUGGUAAGAUCAAGGACGGCGACUGCUUCGAGCGAAUCAGGUCCUUCUCUAUUAACG